CCCAGACUCCAUGCUGUUAUGCAUCAAUUUUAUAUUGAUACUUGCUCAUGCUGCAUAUGUGGCUUAUUUAGUGAUCAGUACUUCAGUCAAGGAGGCUCUUGUUCCUUUCCAAGUUGCGGCCUUAUUGCCAAGUGUGCUUUAUCAUUUAUUUCCAGGAUUGAGAGCAAACUUAUGGUAUACCUUAAUAAGCCAUGCCAUCUGUAUCCUCAUUUUUGGUUGAUUAAUUCUGUGAAUUUUGAGCUACAUAUUCAACACUAAUGGGUUUAAUAAGACCUUGAUGGUUUUCUUCGGAAGAGCGUUAUUUAUACCGAUAUCCAUAAUCUCAGUGAGCUUGCUGUUACUAAUGAACUUUGGGCAUUCAAAGAUCCAGUACUCAAUCCCGAUAAUUGGAAAAGAUGGAGACAUUAUUGGGUAUGUCUCUGAUGAGUUUAUCCAGAACACAAACGAGGAUCAGGUUUAUUUGUUCAAGGCCAAUACAGCAUCUACAAUGUUAUACCAGGUUUAGA